AUGUGCUACUACGACAACUACCAAUACGCCUGCCGCGACUGGAAAUGGGGCAAUUUCCGCCAACACUGCCAAAAAGAAUACCGCACGGGCGAGACGUGCGGCAUGAAGAUGAUCUUCCAAACCCUCCCACUACAGGACAAAUGUCCCUGGUGCGAGAAGAUCGAAAAGAAACUGCGGCGGCGGGAGAAGGCUAUCAGUGAUUAUAGGCGGUGGGAGAAGGAAGGGGGCAAGUACAAGGCGAGUAUGGAGAAGGCGUACGAGGAGGCGAAGGGGCUGGAGAGGGAGAUUGAGAAUUUGAGGGCGGAGAAGGAUCGCCGGUAUGCGCAGAUUGGGAAUACGAGGAGGGCUUGA